GGCGGGAGAUGCGUCGAACCAGGAUUGCUACUUCUUCUACUACUCGUCGUGCGUGAAGGGGUCGUGUUGCCCGUUUCGACACGAGCCGUCGGCCUUGGCCUCGGAAGUGGUGUGCACCUUCUGGAAACAGGGCAAGUGCACCAAACCCAAUGUUAUCUACCGACAUAUGGACAUUGUGAAGAAGCGCAGCACGAUCCCUUGCUUUUGGGAAGGGCAAUCCGGGGGAUGCAAGAAGCCCCACUGCCCGUUCCUGCACGAGGCGCCCAAAGAGCCUUAUCCCGAGGACAUGUCCCUCCUGAUGGGACUGCCCCCAACCCCGGCCAGGGCCCCAUUAUCGUUAACCCACCCAAGAUGGACCAACUGACUGGACUCAUCUGGCCCGUCCAGCCCCAGGCUAAACCCGAGGGUCCGAGGCGUCCGAGGCGUCGCCCCGGCCCGCAGUUUUUGGGCCGGGCGCGUCUCGGUCAAGGAGCGAUUGGGCCACGCCCGAGCCGCCGGAAUACGAGCCCGGUUGGGCGGUGGGCCCCCCGAGCCACUGAUCGGGCCCCGAGCCCGGUGGGGGCGGGGCAGGUGGACCCGGACGAAGCCGGCCACUCGGAGGAAGAGGCCCUGCGACGGUCGGCCAUCCAGACCUUGGAUUUGCGGUCACGCUUGGCCGGCAGUACGGUCGCGCGCAUUGUGCGCCAUGUGGCCGUGACCUCGGAUCCCGAAUCCCAGGACGAGUCGCCCCACGACCAGCCCGACCUCGAUCCCGACCCCGAUCCCGAUCCCGAUCCCGACCCCUUCGUGGGAAGAAGGUUAAAUCGGUGAUCAAGAAAGUCAAGAAAGAGGCCCGGGUGAAGAAGCGCCUGUUGAAGAAAAAGGCAAGAAAUCAAAAAGGAAGAAAAGCGACAGAAGAAGCGAGCCAGUCGUCGCAGUCCGACAGUUCGGCCGCCAUCAGUGACGACGGAGCGCCGGCCUCGGAUCUGGCCUCGGAUCUGCCUCGGAUCUGGCUGCCACCGGGAAAGAGCCUCAGCGGAGUAGCGGCACCAAGCGCCGGCGGCCCUCUCGAAGACGAGGUCUCCACCCACUUGACCGGUGCGGAUCCGGGCCCUAUCUCGCGCAAACGGGCUAAGAGACGGGACGAUAAGGCUAUUUACGAUCCUCUGACUCAACGACGCUUGAAGGCCCAGCCCAGGAGCGAUCCCAA